AUUACCAGGUGCCUUAUUUUUAGUGAGCCAUCCCUAAUGUCACAAUCAGAAUUUUGUUCACAUUGCGACACAUCUUUUUAUCAGCCUACGAUAGCGCAACACUUUCAGUUCGCUGCCACUCCUUAUCUGAGAUUGGUGAAGUAAAGACCGUGAUAACUUGGUAUAAGUUUAGCGAGACGCAGAACGACAAAUAUCAGUUCUACUUUGGCAUUCCCUGGCAUAACUAUUUGGCGAUCGGUGCAACCUUGUCAUAAUCUUCAGAGUCCAGCAUUUCCUGCAGUUCACAUACAACCGGAACCGUGUGAAUAAAGGAAAUUGCAUUGUCUUCACUCUAGAGUAUCCAAUUAAAAAGAAAAUGCAUGUUUGCGGACUUCUCAUUGAAUGCCCUGGUCGUGAGCCCACACCAGUGCCAUUGACAGGAGUGUCUGUCCAAGCGCGUAUCAUUGAUUUGGUGGCCGAAGUGACAAUUGAGCAACGUUACGUCAACAGGGAAACUCAACCUAUCGAAGCCGUCUAUCUCUUUCCGCUUGAUGAAGGAGCCGGAGUGUGUAAAUUCACGGCUGAAAUAGACGGACGCAGCAUCGAAGGUGUCGUCAAGGAAACGAAAGAAGCACAAACCGAUUAUGAGGAAGCGAUUCAAAGUGGCCAUUCCGCCUUUUUGGUUGAAGAGAAAUUACCAGACGUAUUCAAGGCUAAAGUUGGUAAUCUGGCCGCUGGAUCGGGAGCGAAAAUCCGCUUGACUUACGUCACUGAGUUAAAAGUAGAAGGAGGUGAAAUUCGAUUUUAUUUGCCGACUACCAUCGCCCCUAGAUACGUUCCUCCCACCGAUCAUUCCAGCGUUGCUAAAGACUUGGCUUCCAUCAACUAUACACAGGAAUCUCAUUACCGAGUUGAUUUUAAUGCUACAGUUCGAAUGGGAUCUGCCAUCAAAGAAAUACGAUCCCCAACGCACAAAAUCGCCGUUAGUCACGAUUCUGUCAACAAGCCGAUGGAUGGAACCCUCAAACUGGACGACGUAGUGACAUCUAUGGAUCGAGAUCUUGUCGUUUACAUUAAAGUAGCCGAGCCCAAUCAGCCACGACUAAUUCACGAGAAAUCGUCAAAUGGAAGUACAGCAGUGAUGUUAAGCUUAGUUCCUAGCUUCAAAUUGGCCGAACAAAAAACGGAACUGAUAUUUCUUGUGGACCGUUCCGGUUCCAUGGCAGGAUCCGGGAUUGAACAGGCUAAACAAGCGCUAAAGCUAUUCCUUCAUUCGUUGCCUACGGAUUGUUAUGUUAACAUUGCGGGUUUUGGAUUUUCGUACGAAGAACUUUUCCCAUCGAGCAGAAAAUACGACGAAGUUGUUUUGAACCAUGCAAAAGCCUAUGCUGAACAACUACAAGCGAAUUUGGGGGGCACAGAAAUAUUCAAUCCAUUAGAACAAAUAUUUCAGAAACCCCCAAUCGACGGCUAUCUUAGACAAGUUUUCGUUCUCACAGAUGGAGAGGUGUCGAAUGCAGACCAGGUUUUGGGUUUAGUCCGUCGCCAUAGCGGACGAACGCGAUUAUUCGCCUUGGGUUUGGGAAGUAGCGCUAGCCAUCAUCUCGUCGAAGGAAUGGCCCGUGCUGGUAAUGGAACCGCCCUAUUUGCCUCAUUGGAAGAACGUCUGGAAAAGAAGGUCAUGCAACAGCUCCAAGACGCUCUGCAACCGGCACUUACGGAUAUCAAGAUCAACUGGGAAGGCUAUGAUGAAACGGAGCAAUCAACUACACCUGCUCAACCCGUUCAAACCGAAAAGACUUUGAUGGGUUACGGUAAACCCUUGGUGGAUCCCGAGGCGCCCGUUCCGCCGACCGAGAAACCAGAAAUGAAAUUACGUCAAGCGCCUUGUGACAAGAUGAUUCCUCCUGUUUUUGAUGGAAAACAUUUCAUAGUGUAUGCCCUUCUAGCGGACGAUGCCCACCAGCCAAAAUGGGCUGAAGUAAUUGCAGCUUCGCCUGUAGGUCCCCUAUCGCUAAAAGUCCAUUUAAACGAACAAAAUUCCGAAGAAGGUCAACUUGUUCACUGUCUAGCGGCAAGAAAAUUGAUUCAGCUUCUUCAAGAUCGGGAGGAGAAUGACAAUGCUAAAAAAGAAAUUAUUCAACUUGGCUGUCGAUAUGGUUUGACGUCAAGAUACACUUCCUACGUCGCCGUGGAUCCGAAAGAACAAAAAGAAUUGAAAGAAUCUUGGAUGAUGAUGAAAUCCCGUGACAUUCCCGUUCAAGUAGCUCACGGCUGGGGUGGUGCAGCCUCACGCAUGCGUCGUGGGGCUCCUGUGCCAGCUAUGUCACAGAUGGGCUCAGGACCGUCGUUAUAUAGUGCGCUUUCGUCUCUGACUAUGCCCCAGAUGGCCUGUACCACUUUUUCAGCGCCUCCGCCGAUGGCCAUGCCAAUGAUGUCAAACCGGGCUCCAAUGAUGAAAUCGAUGAUGAGAUCUGUAAACCCAGUCUUUUCUCUGGAUGACCCCGUGCCGAAUGGAAUCGAAAUGGAAAGCCUAUGCCGUAAUGCCCCCGCUGAUGAAAGUCUGAGUUUUUUGGGCGGAAGUACGCACAGAAACCAACCGCAAGAAAACACGGACGACGACAAGUUGAUGAAACUUGUCUCGAGUCAAAAUUUCGACGGAUCAUUCAAACUGGAAACUUCCAUCGCUCAGCUCUUGGAUACCACGACGGAUGACAUCACACAAGCUGGACAAAAGAGUUCGUACCCUGAUCAAGUAUGGGUGACUGCUAUCGCUUUAGCUUACAUGACCCUGGCUCUGGCUCAGCUGCAAACCUCCUGGAUGUUGGUGGCCAAGAAAUCCGAAAAAUGGCUUCAGUCCCAACAUUUGGCGGACCAAGACGCUUGCAAGAUGGCAGCCCAAGAAUACGUUAAAGCAAAAUUGCACUUGUAAAAUGUACUGAAAAAUCGUGUUCAAUCCACAUUCAAUUCAAAAUUCUAAUCACGUUCAAUAAAUUUGAUCAACUAU